AUGAUUAUUGCUAAUAAGUUGUUCAGUAAUUUAGCCAAAACAUAAGUUAAGCAAUUCGCUUUCCACAAUUAUAUAACAGCUGCAUUUGGUAGAGCUAAGCCCAAAGUAAAUCACCAUACUCCUUUCGAAGAGAAAGAUUAUUCUGAAUUGAAAAUCUAUGAUGAUGAAAGAUUAAUGGACAAGUAGUACAAGAGAAUUCGUGAUGAAUAUUAAAAGGCCGCAGUUAAAAAAGAGCAUAGAAGAGAAAGAAUUGAAUAAAUUAAAGCUGAAAGACCUGAAAUCCCUCCUGAAGAUUAAAAAUUAGUUAUUCAUGAUCCUUAAAUUGGUAUUUAAUAUCCUGCAAUAGAAAACUAAAUAUUUGCUGUAGUAGAAAUUCUUGGAUUCCAAUAUAAAGUAGCUUAAGAUGAUAUUUUGACUAUCGAUUGGUUAUCAGAAUAUGAUAUUAAUGAUCAAGUAGUUUUUGAUAAUGUUCUUUUAGUUGGAACUACUGAUUACACUUCUAUUGGUCGUCCUUAUAUUAGCACAGCUAAAGUUUACGCUACAGUUGAAGAACAAACUUAAGGUGAAAAAGUUUUAGGUCUUCAUAUGAGAAGAAGAAAAACUUCAAGAAAAUCUUGGGGCCACAGAUAAAAAAUGACUGUUCUUAGAAUCGAUAGAAUCGAACACAAUUUAGGAGAAAAAGAAUUAACUAAAGCUGUAUCUCUUUGA